AUGGACACCUCUGUGACUCUCACAAGAUGUUCAACUGCAACAUUAGCACGUAUAAGUACACGCCCAUCAGUUACAUGCAUAAUUCAAAUAAAUCAUCAUCCGACUACAAACACACCACCCCAGACGUCAAAGCCACCUAAGAUAAAACCGAUAACCAAAUCCUUGCCGGAAUUAUCGACGGUGUCGCCUCCGCAGCUCAACCCAUUUCAAAAACUAGCAGCCUCGGCUCUAGACUUUGUCGAAAGGUCACUUAAUGUUCUUGAAAACGAUCAGAAACGAUCACGCCAGGUUGAUCCGGCGGUUCAGCUAAUGGGAAACUUUGCGCCAGUUCCAGAAUGUCCGGUCCAUCAUGGUCUGGAGGUAAUUGGUGAAAUACCUAACGAUUUAAAUGGUGUUUACCUUAGAAAUGGUGCCAACCCCAUGUUUAAGCCAACCGGUGGCCACCACCUUUUCGACGGCGAUGGGAUGAUACACGCUGUGAAGUUGGGACCAAAGAAUAAAGCCAGCUACUGCAGCCGGUUCACUCGAACCAGCCGUCUCAAGCAAGAAUUAUCGUUAGGCCGGCCGUAUUUCCCUAAGCCAAUUGGCGAACUGCAUGGCCACCUUGGUUUGGCUCGGCUGGCUCUGUUUUAUGCAAGAGGUUUAGCCGGGUUAUUGGACACGGCUCAUGGAAUCGGCGUUGCUAAUGCCGGUUUGGUUUAUUUUAACGGUCGAUUGCUCGCGAUGUCGGAGGAUGAUCUACCGUACAGCAUCAACAUAAAAAGUGACGGUGAUCUCGCAACAAAUGGACGGUUUGAUUAUGAUGGACAGGUUAACUGCCCUUUGAUUGCGCACCCUAAAGUGGACCCCGUUACAGGCGAGCUGUUCUCGCUGAGUUACGAUGUUUUAAAUAAGCCUUACCUUAAAUUCUUCAGUUUCGAGAAAAACGGUAAGAAGUCACGUGAGGUCUCCAUCUCACUAAAUCAGCCAACAAUGAUCCAUGACUUCGCCAUCACGCAAAGUCACGUCGUCAUUCCGGAUCACCAAGUUGUAUUCAAGUUAUCUGAAAUGGUUCAAGGCAAAUCACCCGUUCUACUUGACCCGAAUAAGGUAUCCAGAUACGGUAUCCUACCAAAAUCCGUCGAAAAUGAAUCAAGUAUCCAAUGGAUCGACGUACCCGAUUGCUUUUGUUACCAUUUAUGGAAUGCAUGGGAAGAAGUUGACGUAAAGGGUGACCAAAUCAUUGUAGUAAUUGGGUCAUGCAUGACACCGCCUGAUGCCAUUUUCAAUGAAAUCAAUUUCGACCUUCUCAGAAGCGAAUUGACCGAAAUUCGGUUAAACAGAACAACCGGACAGUCAACGCAACGGGUUCUGGUGUCAGGCAUCAACCUUGAUGCUGGCAACGUAAACAAAAGACUACUUGGACGAAAGACACAGUAUGUCUACUUAGCAAUAGCUGAACCUUGGCCAAAAUGCAAUGGCAUAGCCAAAGUUGACUUGGAGACGGGAUUUGUCUCCAAGUUAUUUUAUGGGAAUGGACGGUUUGGAGGUGAACCUUGUUUCAUUCCUGUAGAAGGCAGUGAUAAAGAAGAUGAAGGAUACAUAAUGAGUUAUGUUAGGGAUGAAGCUAUGGAGAGGUCCGAAUUAGUAAUUGUUGAAGCUUCAAGUAUGAAGGAAAUAGGCAUAGUGAGGUUAGCUGGUAGAGUGCCGUAUGGGUUUCAUGGUACGUUUGUUAGCACCCAUGACUUGGCUAAUCAAUUUUAA